AUGCCUCGAAUAAUUGCUGUUGUUGGAGCGAUUGGUCGACAAAGUAUGAGUGUGAUUGAAGCAUUGCUAGAAUAUCCUGAUGAAUGGCACAUUCGCGGAAUUACUGAUGAUCUAACGUCAUUUUAUAAUCAGGAGCUCGUAAGACGUGGCGUUAAUAUGGUUAAAUGUAAUAUCAAUAAUCAUGAGGAAUGCUGUCAAGCAUUUACUGGUGCAUAUGGUGUCUUUGCGAUAACUAGCUAUUGGAAUGCAACGGAUCACGACGAAUAUAAACAAGCUGUUACCUUAGUCGAAGCAGCGAGAACAGUCAAUGUACAACAUUUCAUCAUAAGUAUUUUACCAAAUGCAGUAGUUCUCGAAGAAAAACAAUCCGAUUUACAUCAGCAUUUAAUGAAUAAAACUCGGAUUGAAAAUUAUAUUCGACAACUACCUACUGACAAUACUUUUACUCAUACAACUUUUGUUCACGUUGGCUUUUAUUAUCAGAAUUUUGCCACAUUUUUCGUACCGAAUGUUGCAAAUCUUGAAUUUCGCUAUCCAAUUUUGUCGCAUGCAUGUAUUCCAUUUUAUGAUGUACGAGAUACAGGUAAAAUUGUUCGAGAAUGUUUCCGAUAUUCUGAUCGUUGGGGUAAUGCACAGAUAGUACCAAUUGUAGCAGAACAAUUAACUAUGGAACAGAUAUGUACAACAAUUGAACAAGUAACUGGUAAACAUGUAAAUUUUGUACCUCUCUCAUAUGAAGAUGCUCUUCUUAAACUUCAUCAAGAAACGAUAAAUAAUCUACGAUGGUACAAUGAUAUUGGUAGUAAUGAUGAACAUCAAGUGGAAAAAACAAAAGAGAUUUGGUCAAAAAUGAGAACAUUUGCAGAUUGGCUACGAGAAACUCGAUGGCUGAUGGAAUAA